AUGCUCGCUCGCUCCCUCUUGCGGCGCUCGGCUGCGACUCUGUCGAGGUCGUACGCUACCCACGCACCCGACGGACUCCCUCCCGUGCCCAAGUCGGCCACCAUCAAGACCAGCGAGUAUGAUCCGGCCGACGAACCCGCCCUCGCAGACAUGAAGUAUCCCAAGAUGUAUGAGGAGUCGAGGCAGUUGAGGCAGAAUCCGUUCCAGUACUGGGACAAGCAGGAGCGUGUCAACUUCGGCGAGCCCGUCCCCCUGAACGACGACUUGCAGAGCAUGUGGGCGCCCGACUACCACAAGAUCGCGCCGUCGUCGGCACUCCUCCAGCUGGGCAUGGCGUUCAGCUUGAUCGGCCUCUUUGCGUUCGCCGUGGCCGAGACUCGUCCCGAUGCACCCGCUCUUCCCCGCGCAUACCCCUACGACGGCCUCGUCAAGGAGCUCUCCGGCACCGACGACCCCCAGUUCGCCGCCCGGACGGACGCCGAGAACCAGGUCGACGAGUAA